ACGACCUUGAACACGCGUGUGCGGCAUGCCGCAUACUUCAAGUUCAAGUUAUGUACUAGUAGCGCAGCCCCAUAUCUCGCCUUUGCUCAAGUUGUACCGCCCGCAGAUAUACUUUCAUACGAGUGGUCUUCAGUCCUUCUGCGUUGCUGUCCCAUCGGAUCCUCCAUGCGCCUCAGCCACGCUCAAGUUCUCUCUGAGAGGUUCAGACAAGCGGUGGAACGACUGUCGGAAGAUGACACACUCACUGAUGACACGCUGCACUCUAACGCGGAGGCACAUCUCGAAGUCCUCGACGAUCCGUCUCUCGGCCACCUGGAUACGCCAGCAUGGGUACACCGCGUAGGACGGUAUGCAACGCAGGGGACUCCUCAACUCACCGUGACGCGUCUUUUCAAUACGAUGUACCAAACGGCGGACGAGCUCGGCCUAGCAUCCGGAAAGCGCUAUGUCUCAGCUGCCAUUUGCACAUGUGCAAGUGACACUCACGGACUACGCGUCGGCGAACCUCAGGCUCAAUCUCUAGCUCAACGACUAUCUCGGCUCGCUUCCGCUUGGAUUGCGUUCAUGCUAUGGCCAGGCGAGUGCAAUUAAUAUGGGAAGCUCUUACUCUUGAUACUCUUGAUGAACAGCCGGUCGAGCAGCCUACACCUCUAGAAUGAAGGCCAUCCAACUCCGAGUUGAUCCACCAUACGAGAGCUCUGUAUGGACAGAUACAAGCCCGGUUAUGGACCCGUCAAAUAUAUGAGAGAAAUGGUAUGUACCCAUAUGAAUAACGUUGCUGGUAGCUCACACACGGCGAUUCGCAGCUCUUGAGGCGCGAUAAUUAUACUUGCUUCA